AAUGGCUAAGCUACUCAGUCAUCCACUGUUUUAUCCCAUCCUCUUUCUCUUCCUCUUUAUCUUUCUUGCAUCAACCGGUAUGCCGUAAUCAUCUUAUUCCAAAAAAAUUAUCCGUGCAUAUAUUAUUCCUUUCUUUCGUCAACUCGUGUCUGUUUUGGGGUGUGGGUGUGAUUUGAUUCAUGCUCAAAUUCUUACAAUGUUAGCAUUUGUUUAUGACUCGUGAGAUGCAGAAGUAGCAAUGGUGGAAGCAAGAAUCUGUCAAAGGCGUAGUAAAACAUGGUCAGGGUUUUGUGGGAACACUGGAAACUGCAACCGUCAAUGCAGGAACUGGGAAGGUGCUUUGCGUGGAGCUUGCCACGCUCAAUCCCCAGGGUUUGCAUGCUUCUGCUACUUUAGAUGUUGA